UACACCGAAAAGACGUUGCUGUAUUAUUAUACCCACGUUUACGUUGAGGAUUACAUACAUAUGUUGACAGUGCAUAUAAUUUUCACGCAAGUUUACCCGUUUGUGUACUUUAUUUGAAAUGUUAAAAAUAUUUGCUCGAUGCGUUGUCAUGCCAUCAUAUGAUGGUAUCAUUUAUGGUUACUGUCUAGGAAUGUAUUGAACACCUGUGUGUUUUAGUGUCCGUUGAAGGUUGUAGUGGAUUGAACAGUGAUGUCGAACUAAAAAAAAAAAACGAAAAUAAAAAAAAAAUAAUAAAAAACAACAACCAUCCACUCCCUUCUUUUCGCGCAUGCGCACGACAUCGACCCGAACGAGCACGACAGACUCAGAAGGGGACGUACGAGGGGGGAGAAGGCAAAAAGAACAAAAAAAGGCACAAAAGGGAGGAGGAAGAAGGAGAAAAAGACGGCAGAAGGCCACGACUGGCUUCACCCACGAGAGGACACGUGCACGCGUGCAGCAGGCGGGUUCUAACCCGUUCACGAGAGACGUCGGAACCUUGACACACUUGACGUCGCAAGAUGGUGGAGCCCGUAUGUGCCACGGGUGCGGCGGCGCAGCUGCGUAAUCUGAGGGACCGGCAGGAAGGUCUGGGCCUCAACGACAACGCCGUCAAGUUCCUGGGUCAGGACUACGAGAGCUUGCGGGCGCGAUGCCUCCAGAGCGGGAAGCUCUUUGAGGACAGCCUGUUCCCCUGCGCCGCGUCCUCCCUGGGCUUCAACGAGCUCGGACCGAGGUCGUCCAAGACGUACGGCGUGCGUUGGAUGAGGCCCACGGAGUUGUGCAAGCGUCCUGCUUUCAUCGUGGACGGAGCGACGCGCACCGACAUCUGCCAGGGAGCUCUGGGUGACUGCUGGCUGCUGGCGGCCAUCGCCUCGCUGACCUUAAACGACAACCUCCUGCACCGAGUGGUCCCGCACGGACAGAGCUUCGAGCAGGGAUACGCGGGAAUCUUCCACUUUCAGUUCUGGCAGUUCGGCGAGUGGGUGGAGGUGGUGAUCGACGACCGUCUGCCCGUGAAGGACGGCAAGCUGCUGUUCGUCCACUCGGCGGAGGGCGGCGAGUUCUGGAGCGCGCUGAUUGAGAAGGCGUACGCCAAGUUGAACGGGUGCUACGAGGCGCUGUCGGGGGGAAGCACGUCCGAAGGCUUCGAGGACUUCACGGGCGGCGUGACGGAAAUGUUCGAGCUGAGCAAGGCGCCCUCCGACCUCUUCGGCAUCAUGGGCCGCGCCAUCGAGAGAGGUUCGCUGCUCGGCUGCUCCAUUGACAUCACCAGCUCCAGAGACAUGGAGGCGGUCACCUUCAAGAAGCUGGUCAAGGGCCACGCGUACUCCGUCACGGGCUUGGAGGAGGUGGUCUUCCGCGGAAACCUGACCAAGCUGGUCCGCAUCAGGAACCCGUGGGGGGAGGUGGAGUGGACCGGGGCUUGGAGCGACAAUUCUCGAGAAUGGGACAGCGUGGACCGCGGCGUUCGCGCUCGCCUACAGAACCGGAGCGAGGACGGCGAAUUCUGGUUGUCCUUCAGCGACUUCCUACGCGAGUUCAGCCGCCUGGAAAUCUGCAACCUGACUGCCGACGCCCUCGGGAGCAGCCAGAUGAAGACGUGGAGCUCGUCGCUGUAUCCCGGCGAGUGGAGACGGGGCAGUACGGCCGGAGGCUGCCGGAACUAUCCGGCGACCUUUUGGCUGAAUCCGCAGUUCAAGUUGUUGCUGCAGCACCCCGACGCCCCCGGCAUGUCGGACUGCAGCUUCCUGGUGGCGCUCAUGCAGAAGGACCGCAGGAAGAAGCGGCGGGAAGGGAAAGACAUGGAAACCAUCGGCUUCGCCGUCUACGAGGUUCCCGGUGAGGCUAAAGGGCAGACGCGGGUCCACUUGAAGCAGAACUUCUUCCUGACGCACGGCUCUAGCGCGCGCUCCGAACUCUUCAUCAACUUGAGGGAGGUCAGCUCGCGUCUGCGACUCCCGGCCGGCGAGUACGUCAUCGUGCCGUCCACCUUUGAGCCCCACAAGGAGGCCGACUUCGUCCUGCGGGUUUUCUCCGAGAAACCCGCCGACUCCGAGGAGCUGGACGACGACGUGGUGGCGGAGCUUCCGACCGAGAACUACUUGGACGAGAGUCAGAUCGAUGCCGGCUUCAAGAGUCUCUUCCGACAGCUGGCCGGUCCGGACAUGGAGAUCAGCAUCAAUGACCUGCAGACCAUCCUGAAUCGCAUCAUCGCCAAGCACAAAGACCUCAAGGCGGACGGCUUCACCAAAGCGGCGUGUCGCAGCAUGCUCAACCUCAUGGAUGCAGACGGCAGCGGGAAGCUGGGCCUGGUGGAGUUCCACGUGCUGUGGGAGAAGAUUAAACGCUACCUGACCAUAUUCAGGAACUUUGACCUGGACAAGUCAGGAAGCAUGAGCUCCUACGAGAUGAGGAUGGCGCUGGAGUCCGCCGGCUUCAAGCUGACCAAUCACCUGUUCCAGCUCAUCAUCCUGCGCUACACCGAGGCGGACAUGGCUGUCGACUUUGACAACUUUGUCACGUGUCUGGUCCGCCUGGAGUCAAUGUUCAAAACCUUCAAGAUCAUGGACACAGACGCAGACGGCUUCAUCGCGCUCAACUUCUCGCAGUGGCUCUCCCUUACCAUGUUCGCCUAGACGCCGGCGGGCGGCACACCCGGUGCCUUCGGAUGCCGUGACCUCAAUCCCUCACGGCGUCUUGCUGUCAUGUUGCGAAUGACGUAAAUUGCCACGGAGCGUGGAUGUCAGGUUUUUUUUUUUUUUUUGGUCACAGGCCACAUCCUAGUUACGAUUUCCCGCUCGAAUCAAAUCAUUGAACAGUUGAACGAUGGUUGUUGCCAAAAGGUCAAAUUAAGUCCACCGGGCAUGUAUUUUAAAUUAAUCCUGAAUUUGUCCCCUUUAAAAGCCUAAUAGAGCAUUUUUUUUUCUUUUGUAGUGUAUUUUGUUAACUUUUUUUUUUUUUUUUUUUUUUAAAUCAGACGUCAUUGAAAGUUAUAUGUAAAUAUUUAAGUGUUACAUCAUUUAAGUGUUACAUUGCUUUUUGGUUAAGAAGGGAUUUGGUGAAAAAAGAUUAAGUCAAGGGAAAAGUGCAACUUUUGGUACAAAUUUUCAGCCCCGAAGUUAAAAAAAAAACUAAUCAGGAAACAUGAAAUAGACACUCGUGAAUUUUGGUGGGCCACAUAAAGUGAUGCGACGGGCAUAUCUGGGCCCCAGUCCUCGAGUUUGACACCUCCGUUGUGGCGGAAGUGAGUUUAGCGUUUUGUGACCUCACCCCCCAUCUCGUGUGGGGCGGCCGUGUUCACCAUUUUUCUACAUUUGCAUUACUCUGCGUCGAGACCAGUGGUUUGGUUUUGUCUUCUUGCAAUGGAGCAGAAACGUUCGCCCAUGCUCCACGGGCCCGAGGGGGCGCACCUCCCGGUUUGAAAACCACUGGUCUGCUCUCAAGGCUUCCAAACUGUGCUUCUCGUGCCAAAGCGGUCGCCAUUUUUUGGGAGCGACGAGUAUAUAAGCGUGACAAUGAUGACAUGCAUGUAUACGGUGUGUAUGCUGGAGAAACACUUUUGUAACUCUCGCGGAGAACGUCCUUUUUACACGCAUUGUAAAGGCCAAUCAAUGUCAUGGAGUGUGUUGUAAUAAAUAAUUUUUAUUAACAGUAGUAAAAACAAUUUGAACUCCA